AUGGUUGAUACUGUCUACUCCGAUGCGCUGGCGCAGAUUCAGGCUCUAGACAAAGAGACCCCUGCAGAUACCCUCGCAAUCAUUCGAAUCAGCGAGCCAAUCGGCACAUCAGAUGGGACCGCAACAUCGGAGCGGUCGCCAUCCAAGCGUACCUCAGACGUGUCUACGGACGCAUAUGAUAAUCCAACACCGGCGACAUUAGAAGCUGACCUGACACAUUAUAAGGAAUUAUUCUCGAAGCUCCGAUUUUCGUACCUCGAACAAGUCACGAAAGAGAAGUUUCUACGUGCUAUUGUUGGUGAUCCACCUCUAGUCGUUGCGCAUAGUGACAAUGUCGAGCUGGAAGCAGAACUCGCUCAAAUAAAGGAAGAGUUGCAACGGCGAAAGGAGGAAGUUAGGAUAUCAGUUGAGGAGAUGGAAAAGAUGAGCAGAGACCUGGCAAAAAGGUAUGAAAAUGUACAGCUACAAACCACACAGCUUUCAGAGCUGCCGGCUUCAAUUGCGAACCUCGAAGAAACAAUUUCCCGGUUGCGGGAUGCUCAAUCAGCGCAGCUUCAGGAACGAUCGUCUCUAUCUCCAUCUCAAAAUCUCCCGCUUGAAGCUACUCUUCGACUUUUAGCAGAUAAGGAUGCUGAGCUAACAAGCCUAAAACGAACGCUGGCGUCUUCAGAAACCGCAUUAGUCCGUAAAACAGGAGAAGCAGAAGCAUUGGAGAGGGAGUUGGCCGUGUUAGAGAAGAAGAGAAAUGAAGUUAUUGCGCAAGCCAAGGAGGCGCAACGACGGAAACUCCAAGGAGAGAGUGACGGGCUUGAAGAAAUGGGGCGAUGGUAUGCAGGAGCGGAGCAAAUACUGAAAAGCUUAGUAUAA